UACCUUCAAGAAGACAAAAUCCACUGCUAAGAGCCUGCAACCAUGAAGUACCUAGGCUACUUCUCUGCCAGUCUGCCCCGAAGCCUGAUAAGGUUAGCGUUUGAAAAAAAAAACAUUUAUGACAGCUUAUGUGAUUUUUUAAUAGCUAUCAAAGGUUAACAGAGGCGUCUCUUCUGUUUUCUCCUGGUUAGGUAUAUCCAUAUUCAAUGUUUUUUUAAUCAUAAUUAACUUGUAACUAUUUACAUUAAUUAAUGUUGGUGAUAUGGUGUACCUGGCGUUGGCUGCUCUGCGUAGAGCGAACGAGGAGUACCCGGUUGUUAACUUUGAAAGAUACCUGAACAGCAUUCUUUCUCAUCAGCAUCCAGCACGACCCGUUCCUGAGCUCACAAAAUAUCUAGAUGCUAUUGACAAGAUGGUAAAUAAUCUUGUUACACCUACUGCGGCGGAUAUGAAGCACAUUGACCGGAAGCUAAAAUAUUGUCGGGAUCCAGGAUCACAUGAAAAGUACUCUCUUAUUUUUUUAUUCCUUCAAAUAGUGGAGUUUGACUUUUACAAAUACUCGUGUUUGACGUUUGGCGAAUAUCUAAUUUAUUUUUAACUGUGUAUCGAAAAUAAAAGUAAGAAACGAAAGCAUAGGUCAAAAGACUAACUUGUUUAAUCCAGUCUUGGCAGCUGUAUUUUCCGGGAAUGGGAUAUUUGUCAACGUAUAUUCAUCUUGAAUAAAAAAUUUUAAAAAUCAUUAUAGUUUUUUAUUUGGUCGGAUCUCUUUAUUACUUUUGCCGGCUUCUGAACAUGCAAGCCGGUUUGGAUGUUUUGAAGUGCGAAUUCUUCAAUCUGCCGUUGCAGCUGUGGGUGCUCCUGGAAAUCUUGUUGAAGUAAUAAUGAGUUGUAAAUGAACAAAUCGUUACUUGGAUACCCACAUUUUAUCAAGUGUUCUUUCAGGUGAAAA